AUGUUUACCAACUUUUUCCAAAGCCUGAUGGUGUAUAUGGCGUCGUUAUUCAGGCCCGCCAUCGUGGCCGAAACACAGCAUCAACCUACUCUACAAGCACUCGUCAUCGGCAUCGAUACGUACAAAUCUGAUGCUAUUGAGAACCUCCGAGGAGCUGUUUCAGACGCCGAUGCCGUCGACGAGUACUUACGGUCCGACCUGUCCGUUCCAAAGAAGCAGAUUGUCAACCUGCGCAACGAGCAAGCUACGCGAGAGGCCAUUAUAUCUAACAUCAAGGCGCUCCGUACACGGGAGGGGAUUCACAGAGGCGACCCCAUCCUCAUCUAUUUCGCAGGGCAUGGCUGCACUGCGAAGGCACCGAAAGGGUGGCACAUGGGUGAUCGGGGUAUCUCGCUCCUCGUCCCGUAUGAUAUGGACACGAAGUUGGAGAAUGCUGCAGAAUCUAAGUGUGCCAUCCCCGAUCGCACUCUCGGCGCACUUCUCCACGGUCUCGCGGAACAGGAGGGUGAUGGAGGAAUAGGUGAUAAUAUUACCGUGAUCUUCGACUGCUGCCACUCCGGCUCCGGAACGCGCGGGCUCAGCGAUACGCGUCGGCCGCGAGGCUUCACCUCAAAGAGCAUGCUACCUGAUGACUUGGAUCGACACAUCUGGAGCAUGGUCCCGCGCGGUCGCGAUAUCGAGGUUCUAACGGGCUUUGCGCGAGCAGGCACCAAAUCGCAUGUACUCCUGGCGGCCUGCCGUGAGACUGAGUCUGCAUAUGAGGGCCAUGAUCGCGGCUACUUCACUCAAGAGCUCAUCCGUGUCUUACGCACGGUCAGGCCGGAUAGGAUCACGUAUCAGGAACUCAUACAGCGCAUCCCCACUAUCCCAGGGCAAACUCCGCAGUGCGAAGGCUUCAACACCAAUCGCAUCGUCUUCAAUGCGCUCGUCCCGAGCGGCAAACGAGUCGCAUACCCUGUGGUGGUCAUCGAACGGCCCGAAAAGGUCGUUGUACGCGCUGGCUCUGUGAACGGCGUAGCGGAGGACACCACCUUCUCAUUGUAUUCGUCUGGCGACUUCAAGCUCGACGAUCCCCCAAUCGCCAUCAUGAAGGCCUUGAAGGUUGGUCCGUUUACGACGGACUUAGCUUAUCUCGCCCAUCGUGAUUCGACUCCUGGCGCACAUCCCUCCCUGAAGAACUCCUGCUUCGCCGUCAUGAACUCACUGGACAAAGCCGGGGGUCUGCGUCUGCACGCAACCGGAUCUACGCACGACCCGAUUCAACGCCCCGUCUGGCAGGCGCUCGAAAAGGUGGACAAGACUCAUCAGCUCAGCGGCGGUCCGACGGUUGUUGUCGAGGUUGAUAAGACAAAAGCAGAUUUGGGCGUGUGCGUAGUCGGGGGCGACGCAACUUACACCAUUCAAGAUCCCUUAAUCACGGAUCUCGGACUGAACAAACUCUGUCAAACGACGAAAGCCGAUAUCAACGCGAUACAGUCCGUCCUCAGUGCUGCCGCCCACUUCUUCUGGCACCUCCACCACGCACCCAGGAAGAACGAGUUGAAAGACAGGGUCGACGUCGGAUUCCAUGAGCUUGCUGUGGACGAAGAGGCGGAAUUGGACGAGAAUUUGUCUCAGCCAUGGAUCACCCUCGAGCCCAACCUCCGUGACGGUGCAGGUGUCGUUGAAGUCGUUGCGGACGAUGAGACUCCUUAUGGCAUUGUGGUCCGCAACAAAACUCUGGCGCCACUUCAUGUGUGGGCAUUCUACUUCAGCUGCAGUACUCUCGGAAUAUUUGAAUACUACAAGCCACCAGCCAGUGGGUGUAAUGCCGAAGCGUCACUUCCCGCAAAAGGCGAGCUCACGAUCGGGUACGGCGCCGAUGGCGGGCAACCGUACAAAUUCUUCCUACGAGACGAUCAGGCCCUCGACGUCGGGUUCAUCAAACUCUUCAUUACGACUGAGCCGGUGGACUUCUCGAAUGUCGCACAAUGUUCACCAUUCGCAAUGGCGCGGAACUUGAACACGAAUAAGCGACCGGCGCCGCGGGCUAUCUGGGAUACCGCCACAAUCGCUGUGGUGCAAAAAAGAUCGCCCUGA